UUUCGACCGACCACCACAAAAUGAUUCGUAUAUCGCAAGAAUAAAAAAGUGAAGCGUAAAAACCAAACGGUGCAUGUACAUGGAAAAUUAAGUGUGAGUGCGUGUGUUUAUGAAAAAUAUAAUAUUUCAACAUAUAUAUAUUAUGCGCACCAGGACAAAAGACAACAUUCGAUCAGUUCAACAAUUUUGUGGCGAAUCCGUAUUGAACUGUGUGUGUCUGAAACCUCACACACACACAAGCACUCACAACACACUCACCCGUUAACACACAACAGAAACAAAAACAACAUACGUGAGUGUCGCUGCCGUCACCGUCACCAUUCUGCAGCAGAGUCUGCCUUUUACAUUUGUGAAAAAGAGUAAAACUCAAAUGCAAAAGUCGGUUCUUUUGCACGAUUAGAACCUGGACUGGAGUGUGUGGAAUUGGUUAGCUCGGCGCACCCGGAACUGGAAACAGCCUCAACACGAAUUACCUACCAUUUGCGCUGCAGAGGAGAUCGACUGUGGUUGCCAGCGCCGCAACUAGAUCUGCCUCAAUAACGCCAACACCAACGACUUUAACGAUCCCUGGCAGUCGUUUAGGCUUCAACUUGAACAGAAACAACAGUAAUAGCAACGCCAGCAACAACAACAGCAACGGCAGCAGCAGUAGCAACAACAUAAAUAAUUGCAACGUGUCGGAACUGAGCGACGCACUGCUUAACAACGAAGUGCCUGGCGCUCAGUAUCCAGUAGUGACGGCAACAGAAGCCAUCAUGUCCUUGACAGUAACGGGCACAUCGCCCACCAGCCUCGUUGAACCCUUCGUUACGGUCCACCCAAAGAUCGUGCGUGAGGGUUGGUUGCAGAAACGCGGCGAGCACAUCAAGACUUGGCGCCAACGUUAUUUCGUGCUACGCGACAACGGCUCUCUGAUGGGUUAUCGCAGCAGGCCCGUAGAUUAUACACAGACGGACCAGCUGCUCAAUAAGUUUACCGUUCGUGGCUGUCAAAUAAUGGCCGUCGAUCGGCCGAAGCCCUUUACAUUCAUUAUACGCGGCCUGCAUUUUGCGACAGUAAUCGAGCGCACAUUUGCCGUCGAAUCGGAAGUUGAACGACAGGCCUGGACGGAAGCUAUACGUAAUGUGGCCAGCAGGCUGUGCGAAGUGGGCGAAACGGCAAUGUCGCCAUCAGCCCAAACCGACAUGGGAGAUGUGGAUAUGGCCGGCAUAGCAGAGGUGGAACUAUCCGAGCAGUUCUCAGUGCAGGGAACCACACGAAACAGCAGCGGCGUUAAGAAAGUGACACUUGAGAAUUUUGAGUUCCUCAAGGUGCUUGGCAAGGGCACCUUCGGUAAGGUGAUUCUCUGCCGUGAGAAGGCUACAGCCAAAUUGUACGCAAUCAAAAUUCUCAAAAAGGAGGUCAUCAUACAAAAGGAUGAGGUCGCGCACACACUAACCGAAAGUCGUGUGCUAAAGUCAACAAAUCAUCCGUUCCUGAUUUCACUGAAAUAUUCGUUUCAAACCAAUGACCGUCUCUGUUUUGUUAUGCAAUAUGUGAAUGGUGGGGAGCUAUUUUGGCAUUUGAGUCAUGAGCGCAUCUUUACAGAGGAGCGAACACGUUUUUAUGGCGCCGAAAUAAUAUCAGCGCUGGGAUAUUUGCAUUCGCAGGGUAUAAUUUAUCGUGACUUAAAGCUGGAGAAUCUUUUGCUGGACAAAGAUGGUCACAUUAAGGUAGCGGACUUUGGGCUGUGCAAAGAGGACAUCACUUACGGUCGUACAACAAAAACGUUUUGUGGCACACCGGAAUAUUUAGCGCCUGAAGUAUUAGACGAUAAUGAUUAUGGGCGCGCGGUGGAUUGGUGGGGCACCGGUGUGGUUAUGUAUGAGAUGAUCUGUGGACGGCUACCAUUCUACAAUCGGGAUCACGAUGUGCUCUUCACGUUGAUAUUGUUAGAGGAUGUGAAAUUUCCUCGAAAUAUAACGGAUGAAGCAAAAAGUCUAUUAUCUGGUCUCUUGGCUAAGGAUCCUAGAAAUCGUUUAGGUGGAGGGCAGGAUGAUGUUAAGGAAAUACAAGCGCAUCCAUUCUUUGCGAGUAUUAAUUGGACAGAUCUGGUGCAGAAAAAGAUAACGCCGCCUUUCAAGCCUCAAGUCACAUCAGAUACAGACACUCGAUAUUUUGACGAAGAGUUUACAGGCGAGAGCGUUGAAUUAACGCCGCCGGAUCCCACGGGACCAUUAGGCUCUAUAGCCGAAGAGCCACUUUUUCCGCAGUUUAGCUAUCAAGGAGAUAUGGCCUCCACAUUGGGCACGUCGUCGCACAUAAGUACUUCCACAAGUCUCACAUCGAUGCAAUAGAACAAGUUUAACAAACACACACAUACAACACAUGCAUACAUAAUAAAAAUACAUCAAAUUCUGCUUCAUCACCUAUGAUCACCCGUAAUAUACUUAGUUAUAUAGAAAUGGGUAAAAUUGCGAGCAAAACCGAAAUAAAUUUGUACCGCUAAGUUUAUACACCAAUAAUAACACAUUGAAUGAUAGUAACUUAUUUUUCUUACAAUAAAAAUAGCUGAAGCAAAAAGCAAGCGGAGAUAAGAGAACGUUGAGCGCGAUAUAUAAAAAAUAUAUAGUAUACAACAUAAAUUUAUACUUAUACAUACAUUUAAAUAUACCAUUUUAAGCAUAACGCUUAAAAUGAUUAGUUAAUUUUUAAAUGCAAGUAUAACAUUUAUCAAGCGAAACAGAAAAGAGAUGAAAAGAAUACACAAAAUUCAA